UCCUUCAGUUUCUCUCAGGCUCCGUGCGAGGCGCUCCAAUGCGGCGGAACCUGCUGCUGUCCGGCGCUCUGCUGCGGGUCUUUGCUCUUCUUUCCCUCGUCUGUCACACCGUUAUGUUGACGUUUGCGGCAAGAAAACGAAGCGCCCCCAGAGAGAGCUGGCGUCAGGACUGCAGGAGCUGCCUGGAAUGCUCGAAGGAGAAUGGCUGUCUGCGCUGCCCGGAGCGACUGUUCCUCUACCUCCACCGGGACGGCAUGAGCCACCAUGGCUCCUGCCUCCACUCUUGCCCCGCCGGACACUUUGGCCUGCGAGGGAUGGACGCAAACCGCUGCAUAAAAUGCAAAGCUCCAGAGUGUGAAAGGUGCUUCGACAAAGACUUUUGCACCAAGUGUAAAGGAGGAUUUUUGCUCUUCAAAGGCAAAUGCCUCAGCAGCUGCCCCGAAGGCACGUUCCCUCACUCCACGGACUGCGUCGAGGGUUGCAUGUACAGUCCUGUUGGUUACUGGACCGAGUGGAGCCCGUGUCUAUAUAACGGCCUAAGCUGUGGUGUCCGGUGGGGGCAGCAGAACAGAACCCGUGUGCUGUCCUGGAGAAUGCCUGAGGAACUCUCCGCACUUUGUCCCCCUCGGACCGAGACCAGAAAGUGCCGCAUGAAACGGAGGUGUCCGAAAGAUAAAAAGAAGAAGGAUAGGAGAGGGGAAAGGAGGAGAGCACCGAAGCAGUGGGCGCGUUCGCUUUCAGGGAACAAAACGGUCACUGAACCCCCGGGAGGAACCUGAGCAACUGAAUCGCUGAGAGCCAGACAGUCGGAGAGGACUCAGAAGGCGUGUACAG